CUAGGAAAUGUCCGGGAAUCGUCGAUCGGGUUUGGCAUCAUGACUUUGCAGAAACAACUAUUGUCUAUCACAUUGGGUUCGGGCUUUCAAGAUCAAAUCAAUGAUGUCGACGAUGGGAUCAAAUUGAUUGCGAAGCACCUUUCUAAUAAGAAAGUCUUGCUCGUUCUUGACGACGUGGAUGACGAGGAGCAACUCCAGAAACUAGCCAUCAACCGCAUAACUUUCUGCUCAGGAAGCAGAGUUAUUGUGACAACUAGGAACAAAAGCAUCAUGAAAUCCAACAAAACUUUGGAGUACGAAGUGAAGCCGUUGGAAAAUGCUCAAUCACUUGAGCUUUUCAGUCAACAUGCUUUCAGAAGGAAUCCUCCUCCAUAUGAAUUUGUCAAUCUUUCGAGACAAAUAAUUUCUACGACUGGAGGACUUCCUUUGGCUCUUGAAGUCAUAGGCUCAUUACUUUGUCAUCAAAACAAAGCCUCAUGGAAUGAUGUGCUAGACAAUCUGAGAAAAAUACCUCAUAAGAAGGUCCAGGACAAGCUGAAGAUCAGCUACACGGCCUUAAAUCAUGAGGAACAACAGAUUUUUCUCGACAUCGCAUGUCUCUUUGUGGACAAGGACAAGACAAAUGCAUUCUACAUGUGGAAGGAUUGUGGGUUUGGGCCAGAUUAUUCAAUUCAAGUCCUUGUAUGCAUGUCCUUAAUAAAGAUAACUGAUGACAACAAAUUCUGGAUGCACGACCAAUUGAGAGAUCUCGGGAGGAAAAUUGUUCGUGGAGAUAUGAGACUAACCGAUCCAAAAAAGCAAAGCAGGUUAUGGGUUCCUGAGAUGGCCAAUAACAUCAUAGGAACAAAAGAGAGAAAGAAGGCCAUUGAAGCAAUUUGCUUAUGUGAACCAACACGAGUUUAUACGAGCAAAGAGUUUUCAAGGCUUCCAAACAUAAGGUUCCUCAUAUUAAAGUGGGGGAAUUUCAAAGGAGACUUUGCAAAUCAGUUUUCAGAGUUAAGAUACAUGACCUGCACAAUGGUCUCUCGAGAGUUCUUGGCCAUCAAUUUUCAUCCAAGCAAUCUUGUAGUUCUUCAACUGACGUUUAGUUCAAUCACGGAGGAAUGGGCUGGAUGGAGUCAAUUCAAGGUUGCUAAAAAGCUUAAAGUUUUGGAUAUCUCAUAUUGUAGCGACAUGACCAAGACUCCAAACUUCUCCAAUUAUUUGAGUUUAGAGAUAUUGAAACUUAGGGGUUGUAAAAAACUAACUGAAGUUGAUGGUUCCCUCAAAAAGCUUAAGUGCUUGAUUUACUUCGAUGUGAAUGGGUGCAAAAAUCUUAGGGAGUUGCCCAAAGGGAUCGGAGGGUUACAGAAGCUCAAGUACUUGAAUUUAUGCGAUUGCCAAAAGUUGAGGAAGCUACCUGAAUCAUUUGCGAGAUUGACAUCACUAGUACAGUUAGAUCUCUCGAGUACGGCCAUCACAAGAUUACCUGACACCAUUGGUAACCAAAAGCGCUUGUCAAUUCUUAACUUGACGUUUACAAAAAUCGAUGAACUUCCCAAUUCUAUUGGGAAUUUACGAGAACUUAAGUCUCUCUUUCUAUCGUAUACUAACAUAAGGGAACUUCCGUUCUCGAUUGGUAACUUGGAAUCUCUACUUGAGUUGGACAUUUCAUACACAAACUGUAUGCAAUUACCCAAAUCUAUUGGAGACCUAAGUAGAUUAAAAAUCAUCAAGAUUUCGCGUACUCCAAUAAAAAAGCUACAACGGAGCAUUGUCAUGCUAAAAGAGUUGGAAGAGCUACAUGCCGAUGAGUGCUUGGAUCUAAAGUGGGAAAUUCCUGAGGACAUUUGGCAAUUAUCGCUUUUGAGAGUGUUGGACUUGCGAUACACCCCUAUUAAAAAUAUUCCACAGAAGAUCAAACUACUUCCUCGCCUAGAGAAAUUGAGUUUAGGGUUGUGUAGCAAACUCAAAGUAUUACCGGAGCUUCCUACAAAUUUGAUAAGCCUAAGCUUAGGAUCACAUUUAUUGCAGCAGCUCCCGAAUCUCUCAAACCUAACUAAAUUGGAGGAUUUGAACUGUCAUGAUUAUGAUGAGUACUGUGGUCCUUUCUCCUUACAAUAUGGUCAAUGCCAACUGUCCCUUGAGGUCCUUCCACCGUGUGUUUCAACAUUGUCAUUGGAAGAUCUCAAAUCGACAACUAGUUUGUCAUUUCGUUGCAACUUGAGAAAAUUGACACGUUUGAACAUUUUUCAAUGUUGUUGGAAGGAAGUUCAACUCGAUGGGCUUGAACAGUUGGUUGAAUUUGACGUGUGUUCCUCAGACUUCGUUGAUGGAUUUACUGGUCUUUCGAGUUUGAAGAGGUUGAAGCUGUUGAGGCUGAAAUAUUGUGGAAAUCUUACUGCCAUCCAAGGUCUUGGUUCAUUGGACUCGUUGGAGCAAUUGGAUAUAGUGUGUUGUUGUGACAUUGGAAGUCUAGAUGAUCUAUCGGAUUUGAAAAAGCUGAAGUCCUUGACGAUUGAAAAUUGUCCGAGCUUCAGGUAGUUGAGGGCCUGGAUGAACUAGAGACUCUCAGAACAUUGAGUUUUUGGAAUUGCAGAUCAUUGAAAAGUUUCC